CUGUAACCUUAGGAGAUCCUGUACUGUUCACGACCGUAGAACACACGAUAUACACGACGACGUACAUGACGACAAAAGCUUCUCUUCAUCCUGAGAUACACUUACAAACUUGUUCCUUAUCGACUGCCCACAGCGGCCAUGUCGCAGUUCAGCGCUGCUGUGACACCCGGAAGGUCGCUGGGGUUUCUAGUCCUAGGAGCAUCCCUCCACGACAUCGUUACAAGACUCAAAGCCGAACCCCAAACCUUUGGAAAGCUCGAGUUGAUCUACUCCCCCGAAAGCCCCGUCACCGAGCCCGUUAUCGUGAGCCUCCCAACAAACGGGCUCCGCCUACGCUUUGACGGCCCCGAACAACGCCUCCGACUCAUCGAGAUCACCGACUUCUCCAAGAGCAAGUUAACCUACAAAAACAUCGAUAUCGUCAAACCCGCAAGCCCCGCAUCUCCCAGCACAUCAUCCAGCAUCCAAGACACCUCCGCCGGCCCGACAUUCAAACACAUCUACAACAAGCUCCUCGCGCCCUCGUACCCAGGCGACUAUGUCCCCCCCGACGCCAAGGGAGAUGGCAAAUACGGCGUCUAUAUCCUCUCCUACCCCGGGAUAGCAUUCACCUUUCCCGUCCUCGCCUCAACCUGGAACCCAGACAAAGACUACGCCACCAUGCUCGCGCUCCCCUCCACCAAGCCCGCGACCUCUAUGGCUGUCUUCAUCGGCGACAGCUGGGCCGAGGAGCAGAAGGUGCUGUACGACCAGCUCCUCGAAGAUCCACGAUCCUACUCCCCGAGCCAUAAAGGGAAAGACGUCUACCCCGACGAAAUAAGCCUCGUAAACAUCUUCGGGGAAGGCAAACUCCGCCUCGACCGCGCGUGGAGCUCCUCACCCUUCUGGCUCUUCCUGGGCCAAACAACGCCCCAAGAACUGGUCGCCGAGUUAGGACCACCGGAUGCUAUAUACCGUAAAUCCGACCAAAGAAUGGCAAUCCACAAAGCGCGCGCAGGCAGCGAAAGUCAGCAAACCCGUCCUCACCUCGAUCCCCCCAGCACCGACGACUCGACAGACACCAACGCAUCGUCGAUCCGCACCGGGACCUCCGUUUCGGGGGAUGAAUCGGACAGCGGUUCCGUCGAUGGGAAGAUGUCAAAGGAGUGUUUCUAUAACUACUUCUACCACGGCUUCGACAUCCUCGUUUCUCCCCCCACUCCCCCCUCGCGACCUUGCCCCUCCUCCCUCGCCGCCGCCGACGACGCAUCCCCAGAAGGACCAACACUCAUAUCCCCGGCCCCCCUCGUCGCAACAAAACUAAUCCUCCACUCCAACAUCCCCGGCUCCUACGCCUUCAACCGCCACCGCCGCUGCAGAUGGUCUCUCUCCUACCUCCCCCUCCCCUCCCCCCCCACCUCGGAAUCCCCCUACCCUGAGAUCGCCUCCCGACUUCACGAGGAGUGGAAGAGUAUAUAUGCGACGGGGGAGGAGGCGGCACAGAGACAGAGGGGGAUGGUGCUUAAUAGGGAUUGGGGCGAUAGUCCGGGGAGUAGUGUUGAUUUGCUUGGGGAUUGGGAGGAGGGCACCGGGCCUGGGGGAGGGAGGGAUGGGGUUUAUCCCACAUCAACUGUUGACCGACUAACCAAGACCUAA